AUGUAUACCCCCCCCCCCCAUCCCUUUUCCUGUUCCUACCAAAAGAUCCCAUUUGACCAGAGAUCCUGCAUAUUGUAUUCCUCCCAUCCAGACUCUUGCUUCCUGGACAAGAACCAGCUGCUCCACUCCAACAGCGGGCCCCUAAAAGACUCUAGCACAUUGAGCAGCUUUCCUGCAAAGCAACGGGAACGGCCUCGCAAGCAAGACCUAUUGCCGCAGGAAUCCCUGGCCUUCCCCAGUGGCCCAGGAUUUUCAGCCCCCAAAGAAGAGGCUCCCGGGGAGCCCCGCAGCAGAAGUGUCCCAGUGUCUGAGGGGCUAGCCCCACAGAUUUGGAACCAAUUGAAUUCUAACGCCUCCAGGAAAAGCUAUAGGCCUGCAUCUGUGGAGCCCUGGAUUGACCCCUUGAAUGCCUUUGAAGAGGUUGCCAGUACAGAGAUGAGCCUCUCCGACAGUGGUGUGGAUCUCAGCAGCGAUUCGCAGGUCUCUUCAGCCACGUGCAGCCAGCGAAGUUCUCCUGACGGGGGCCUGAAGGCCACACCGGACACUGGCAACAAACACAGUGGAGCCAUCGGCACAGGGAGCAGUGACACGACGGUUGCAACUGGACCUGAAGGAGCUGAGCCGAAAGAGCAGAGACGGCGGCCACCACCAUCCAGGGACUCCAGUCUGCUCAAGGAGAAGGUACAAAGUAGAGUUGGGCCCAAAUCACUGUUAACGAAAAGAUUUGUAGUUUUUGAAUGGCCAUUUCCCCUUCGUGUAGUCUGUGAAAGAUGCACAUAA